UGCCCGCAUGUCUUUGCGCUGCGCCCUCCCGUUGAUGACAAUGAAAAAUGCAUACAAACGCAUUCCAAAAUGUUUGUAUGCGUUUUUUACUCCCUCUUUUCCCCACAAACACUUGGGACAAUCAAACAAACGGCUACCGCAACGCAACAUUACAAACGGGUAAAGACGCACAAGAAUGUGGACAAACGAAAGACGAAAACGCAGAAGAACGCACGCGAAAAAAUAAAAAAAGACGCAGUACAAUGCUUUGCGCUUUUCAUUGCGUCUUUUGGCUUGCCAAGUGUGAACUGACUAAAGAAAGUUGUGUCGGACACGUGACACUCGAACAAACAGUUAACUUUCGUUUUUGGUCAUACAGUGAAAUCUGACCGAUAUGAUAAACAUCUCACUUGAAGCAUAAGGAAACAUUUAUUCUUCUAUUUCUUGCGUCGAGAGAAAGACCAAAUCACACACAAUAAUCAUAAUAAUCAAGGACAAUCGGAUGGAUGUGCAGGAUCUGUUUGAACAUAUCAAGUUCAUUUCUGAAGAAGCUGCGCACAUACUACGUGAGGCAGUUCCCUAUGGUCCAGAUAUUCUCUCAUUAACAAUGAAGGACCUUAAUAAACACCUGCCAGGUGAACGUAAUUCUCAAAAUCGAAUAAACAUCUUGGGUCUCAUCGAUAUGUAUUUAAAGGAGCAAACUCGACAGAGUAUGGAUUCAGGCCUAGCUGUCAUGAAUCUUGCUCCUGAGGUCCCACAGUCCAGAGUCCAUCAUAGUGGCAGGGAUUUGCCGCAGUGGCUGAUGGCUACCCAGGAUGUCAGCAAGCCAAAAAUAACCGGGCCAGUGGUCAAAGUUCAUGUGUUGGUUGCCGGAGAAACUUUCUGUACCCAUGACACCUUCAUGAAGAAGCUGAAGCUGCAGAUAAAGCGCUGCAGUGCAGAGAGCUGCAGCAUCAUCCUGGUCUUCUGUCCUGUUGUUUCUCAGAUUAGGACAGACAUGGAGGCAGCCAUGGCCAGAGUUACAGAAGACAAACCUGUCAUCCUGGUGUUCAUGCACCACUGUCACAACCCCAGUCACAUGACCAACAUCACAGUGCAACCGUCCAGGAGCAACACAGUCCAAGUCGUCCACUGUGCCUACCAUGAAACUAAAGGGCUGCUGCAAUGCAAGGAAAAUGAGCAGGCAGUUGCCACAGUGCAUUCACAGCUGAAUAAAUACCAAUGAAGAAAGAAACAUACUACAGGGAAGCAUGGAUUAACACUACAAAAUAGUGCGUAAACACGAUUUUAAUCGGUUUUGAUCAGUUACUGUAUUUCUGUCCUUUGGUGUAGUGGGCUAAGGGUCAUUCCAUAUCAACUCACCUAGACCUCCCAGUUCAUGCCAUAGAUUUUUUUUUUUUUAAUUCUUGUGAAAACUUGCAUUAAAUUCAUGGUACCUUGAAAAAUCUUAUAGUUCUCCAAAUACUUUAGUUAUGAAUUUUGGUCCAUGAAACUUUCUGUGAUUUUUUUUUGUAAGUGUAUUCUAAGCCUCACCAAUUGCUUAUUUUUCCCUGGAUUGGGUUUUAAUUUUUACUGGACAUCCAAGAAACCAUAAGGAUAAUUUGUGAAAUGUAUUCAUGUAAAUAGCUGUUGCUGAAUGUUUUACAGCAAUCAAACCAUUACCCAAAAUAAGUGUCUUAUUUUCAAAAAUAAUAUCUGAAUUAGUUUUCUCUUUCUUGCUAUUAAUAUCGUUGUAUCACAUUUGGAAUUGAUUUCCUGCUGCAUAAAAAAACUGAGUCCCACAGAUCUUGAUAAAUAUAACUGAUACGCUCCGCUACCAAAGAAGAGGCGAACCCCAUAAUGCAGGAGACGGGACGUUUAUUUAGAAAGCCGGGUGCAGUCAAAGCCAAAGGGAUAAUCCAAAGGGGAAGUCGGGUCGAUCGCGAUGGGUCCAAAGCCGGGGUCUGACCGGCGCUGGACUUGGCUGCAUGACCGGAUGGCUGUUUGUCUAUGCUGGACUACCUCCACCUCCCCAUUUCCCUCCCCUGUUGCAAGUCACGACUUUUUUAUGUUGUAAGGUGUGGUGACCAUGUGCUUAUGUUGCU